CCCUGGUGUGAUAUCUUGUUGUCUUGGAGGGUCCUACGAUCCUAACAAAAAGAAGGCAUAUGUGCUCUUAUCUACUCUGCAUUGCCAAGCAGUGAUUGAAUGUGCACCUGGAAAGCCUGCCAUGAAUUAAGAUGACAACUAGAAUUUCUUCUAUACUCUUACACACUAAACUAUUAACAACCUGCACCUUGAAACUGACCUUUCAUUUGAUUGGCCUGUUGAUUCAAGGGUAGUUUUGGUAGUUAGUAGAGGAAUUUAGCAUCUAGUUUUUCUGAUUAAUUUUUUCCAAUCAAGUGCAAAUCAAUUCACAAAGUCAAUUGUUUAUCAGAGAAGAUUCAAGUAACUGUUUUAAGGGUUUCUACAUUAGAUGACUGACACUACUAUAUUGAAGAAUGUAGUCUUGGAUGGUAUCAUUCUCUCCCUAAUUCUGUAACUACCUUGAAAUGCAUAUUGUUAAAAGAAAUUACUGACAUUUUCUCCUGGCAAUUAUUGGAAAACAUCAAAUGGUGUAUUUCACCCACAAGUUUAAUACUUUUUUCCAUAUUUUAUUAGCUUUCAAACAAAUUUUGAGAACUUUUUUUUCAUAUUGUUAAAAGAAAUUACUGACAUUUUCUCCUUGGCAAUUAUUGGAAAACAUCAAAUGGUGUAUUUUACCCUCAAAUUUAAUACUUUUUUCCAUAUUUUAUUAGCUUUCAAACAAAUUUUGAGAACUCUUUUUCUGGAUUCCUAUUCAAAUUUUAGUAUCUAUCCUUGAGAAUUUGCUUGUCUGCACUAAUAGAGGAAUUUUGGUUGCUUUUGGUCCAUUCUUAAAAAAAUAAUAAUUCUAAAGAGUACUAAAAGUUUUAUAAAAGAAAAAAAAUGCAAAUGAUUUCCAAUUGUUUUUUUAUUAAUAGGUAUACAAACACUAUUCCUACACCUUUUUUGUUUGUUGGAUUUAUUCCAUCCUUUGCUACCUAAUGCUCACUGUUGUGUGAAGCCUACAUAUCUACUGAUAUACUUAUAUGAUUUUGCUUUUGUAUGUGCAUGUUAUUUCAUAAGAACACUUAUUAUCUACGAAAUCUUGGAAAAAUAUGUGUAUAUUUAAAUAUUUAAGCCUUUGGCAGCAGGAGACAGCUCAUCACAUCCUGAGGCUAUCCCAAUCACCAGGAUACUCAACUGAGAGCUGGACUAUGAAUCCAUGCUUGACCUUACCAAAAAAUUAUACGUAUUGCCAUUGGGUAAAUUCAUGAAACAUUAUUUGUUCACUUGUUACCGGCAGUUUAUAAUAGUCUUGUAUAGCUGAAAUAAAAGCAGGUUAGUCUUCUCUUUAUAAGAAAAUAUGGAUAGAUAAUGUUUGUUUGCUUUUUUCUUGCUUUUUUGAAGUAAAUUACCGUCAACUUUUUUUAUAGUAGCCCAGUAAUGUUUUGAAUUUUAUCCUCACAAUUGAUUCAAAUAUUUAAGAGUGCUUCUCUUUUAUGCUUUUUGUCUGGUGCAUAUCAUCGUUCUUCCAGAUAAUGGAGCAGAAGUAUAUGGAAGAUAUUGCACAAUUUUUACAUGAUAUGGAAUGGAUAUAUGAUUUUCAUGUUACAAAGAUUUUCACAAAAGAUAUCUUUUCACAAAUGCCUGAAGACUGGAAGGCAAGUUUACUCAAUCUUCCAGUUCAUACCUUAAAUGGAAUUCCUCAGGGAAAAACUCAGGAUGACUGGCCACUCUCUCUGCGACUCUUUUUAGAGAAAUGUCAGAAGUUCUCCUUGCAGAACCUAGCCAGAGCAAGCUGUGAGAAUGAUCCUGUGGCUGAUACCAGGAAAGUGCCUCAGACUUUCACUAAAGGGUUAUCUGAGAAGAAGACACAUGAGGUUCUCUGUCUUUUGAAACUCACAGAAAGAAUAGCAAAUGUCACAGGAAGUAAAUAUGUCCUGGAUAUUGGUAGUGGAUUGGGCUAUAUUGAUUCCCUUCUUCACAAUACACUCAAGCUCACUGUAGUUGGUGCAGAGAGUCAGAAAGACCGUGUGAAAAGUGCAACAGAAAGACAAACCAGACUAUUCAGUGAGUGCAGUGGUGUAAGGCACAUUCACUGGGCACUCACAGAUGAUGAAGAAACAUUAACGAGAGCACACAGGGAAGUGGUUGAGAUGAUGAAAGCUGAUGUAAUAUGCACUUGUAAAGAGGAGAAAAAAGGAACCAGGAAACCCUUAGAAAAUUUGCAGUCUUCAAUGCCAGUCAAUUGUUUGACAGAUCCUUCUCAGGAGUAUCAUCAUGUGGAAGAAAAUUCCUCUCUGGGGAAAUCAGCAAUACUGAUUGGCCUUCAUGCUUGUGCAGACCUCUCUCCCAUAAUGCUGAAGGUGUUCCAAGACUGCCCUCAGCUCUCAUCAUUAAUUCUGCUUUCAUGUUGCUACCACAAAAUGACUCCUGAGAAGUUGGCAAUAGAAGGAAACCAAAGCAAUGAAGAAAAUUGUGUUUGUAUUACAGAUGAAACAGUGGGCACAGAUCGUGGUGCCUUCAGAAGAGUAGAACAGAGUCCAUCCUCUCUCACCGAUGAAGAUUUGAGAGCUUGCAACUUUGUGAACUUCCCUCUGAGCAAUGCUCUGAAAACAAUUCUUGCACAGAAGAAGAUCCACUUCAGCACUUUUGGUUUGAGGUUGGCAGCUCAAGAAUCAGGUCUGCGUUGGGUGCAACAGACAGAAAAAGAUCAUGAAACCCACAGAAACAGUGUGGCUUACAGAGCUAUCCUGGAAGCAUUUUGUGACAAAGAUAAACUGGCUGUCAAGAGGCUUCGAAGACAUGCUAGGAAAAGCAGCUUUGAUAAUUUUGAAGAAUACAUAAAUACCAUCAUUACAAAUUACAAGUUUGUGCCUGCAGAUUCUUCCAUCAGUGUGGAUGAUCAUGAGGAAAAUAUUUUAAGACAAGAAACACAAGACAGCACAGUAGAGUUCAAUCAAAUGAGUACAAGAGAACAUAUUUCUGAAGAACUAGCAGAAUGUUAUAAGAGAUUUGAACAUUUAUUUCCUCUAAUUGAGCCUCUAACUGGACUUCAGUUAGCUCUUCAGCCAGUAAUGGAAGCAUUGAUAUUGAUAGACAGGGUGUCUUUCAUAAAGGAAGCCGGCUUUUGCAAUGUCUCGUUAGAGAAAGUGUUUGAUGUUACUAUAUCACCAAGGAAUGUGGCAUUGGUUGCAAUAAGAUGAAUUACCUGUUUCGUACAGAUAACUUUUUAUGUUAUAUAUGUGAAAGAAUACUCAGUUACUGUUGACUGUUUUCAUUUUUGAGAAUGCUUAUAGCUUUUAUGUUUUUCUAUUUUUGUAUAGAGUUUUUUAGAAAAUAUAUGAAAAUAUCUUGAGUCAUUUUUCAGGAAUUCCCUGUAAGACGUGAUAUACAAAUCACCAGUGAGAGGUAUUCCAUGAGAGAGUAAAUGAAAAUCAACUACCCAUUUUAUUUUCAUCUCUCAGCACCAAGAUUCUGUUCACACCUAUUUCCUCUUACAGUAACAAUGAAUCUUUUGUUCUUCAUUAAAACUACUACAGUAC